AUGACUGAUGCUGUGAUUUCACAGCUCAAACUCGAUCUCUUGAGCUCUGACAGCCAAGUCAAUGAGCUACGUCAAAAUCUACGCAGGUUGAACGACGAUUGUUUGGAGUUGACACUCAAGAACCAACGUCUAAGCAGUACGGAAGAAACGUACAAGAUGCAAAUAUGCGAGCUUGAGGCGCGUGUUUCUACUUGUCGUGAACGAGAGAGCAAUUGUCGACAGCAGGUUUUGACUUUGGAGCAACAAAAACUUGAAUUACAACGAUCCAAGUACCAACUUCAACAAGAAUAUCUCGAACUCAAGUCAGCAUACAAGGGAUCAGAACAACAGCUCCAGACUGCUCAUCAUACGCUUGAAAAAGAGCUCGCCGAUAGUAAAGCUCUCGCUCAUGCAGCCAAUGAAUCAGCAAAAACGUUACAGCUACGAUGUGAUCAACUUGAGAUGGAUCGACGUGAAGCUAUCAAAGCACAGCAGGACACUGCCGCAUUGUUUGAACGACAACAAAAGCAGUACGAAGAGCACCUUGAGAAUGCUAGGAAAACAGCAUCCGAAGCAAAGGAAUCUGCAUCACGUAUCACUGAGGAGAACGUUUCCUUGAAACAACAACUCGAAGAAUGUCAACAACAGCUCCAAACAGCCAAUGCACGUGCCGCCGAGUUUUCCGCCAUCAACAGCAAACAUAUAGCAGAGCUACCUCAGGAUAAAGAUGCACUUUAUGCACAUGCGAUCGAACUUCGAGAUGCCAACAAUAGUAUCACCAAGCAACGGGAUGAUUUACAACGCCUGGUCGAGAAAUUAUCUCGUGACGUACAUGAUCAUGAAUUGGCUUAUCACAAGCUCAAGGUUGUCAAUCAACAAUUACGUGAUGAGCAACAUGAGAUGAGAGAUCAAAUCGCCAAAGCUGAUGAAAAUACCCAACAACAAAUCCGCAAGUUGGAUGAUACACGACAACGAAUGAAUCAUAUGAUGGAUGAGAAUCAAAAGUUGCAGACUUCGCUCACAAUUGCCAACAAUCGACUAAGCGAGCUGAUUCAAGCCGAUGGAUCACAAGAAGGAGAUGAUUCUUCAUUCAAGAAUGUCACUGAGCUUUUACAACGCAACCAGGAUCUCACUCGCAAAGUGCAGCAAUUGUCACAAGAUUUGAAUGACAAGUCCAUUUUGCUUACUCAGACCCGAGAGAAGAACGCUGAGACAGAAAAAGAAUAUGCAAAGUCAAUGGUGGAAGCACGUAAUGCUCUUACGCAGUUGAAUGAAAACGUGAUCCAUCUUGAAGAACAGCUCAAGGUGGUUACCAAAGAAAAGGAAGCUUAUCAAAUGCUCUUCCGAGAUACCAAUCGACCACCAUCGCAACCAGAGACAACUCAGGAACCAGCUCAAAUCGAUUCCUCCAAUGAUAAUGAGAAACCUUCGGCUUCAUCGUCAUUAGCAGCUGACAACAAUGCAGCCACAAUAACAACAACCACCACCCUUGUUACAGCAACAUCUUCCACCAAUGAAUCGAAUGAAGAGAUAACGCAACUCAAGAAUGAAUUGGAAGAGCUACGAUCACAAUUAAAGAGUGCACAAGCAGCAGCGGAUGCCGCCAAGGAAGAACUCACUAAGCUUGAAGAGGAUCGUGAUCGUUACAAGGGCUUUUACAAUGUCCUUUUGUCAUCCAAAGAUUUCAACCUGUCCGAAGUGGAGCGAAUCAGUAAACGCAAAGCCGAGCUUGAGCAGAUUGUGCAGCGAUACGAGCAAUCUUUAAAUAAGACGAGCAAUGAUUUAUUCUCACAGCAACAAACGACUGAGAAACUUCGUGUUGAGAUAUCGACGAUCAAAUCCGAACUUGGAUACAAGCAAAAGCAAUAUGAGCAGUGUCUUGCUGACAAGGAUUCAAUCAAGUUCCAUCACGACAAGUUGCUCAAGCUGCUUGUGGAUCGUGCAGCUGAUAAGGAAUUGAAUACGAAUCUAUGCGAUGCCUAUAUCAACAAUCUCAAAGCCCAUGCAAAGGUGCAAGAGGACGAGUUGACGAACUUGCGUAGCCAGCUUGAAUCAGCACAGAGCCAAGUGAAACAAAAGGAGGAGGAACACGGCAAAAUGGUUGAGCUACAGAGCGAAUUGGAUAAAGUACAAAAGGAGAUGACCCAAUUGCAACAAACGCUAGCAACGACUGUGGAACAGAAGACAUUGUUGGAGACUCAAUUGGCGGCCAAAGAAAAGGAAGGUGGCGAUGAAGAAGCAACGGCGCAACGUGAGAAGCUCUUUAAGGACUUGGAUGCGGCACAAAAGGAAAUCCUUGAUCUCAAGAGCCGUUUGGCUGAUUAUGAAAAGCAGCUACAAGAGAGCAAAGACGCAAUGGCCAAAGCAAAAGAGGAGCAUGAGCUAUUUAUCCAAAAGACAGAGGAACGCGUAUCGACUUUUGAGAAGCGAUUGGAGGAGCAAAAUACCCGUGUCAAGGAACUUGAUGUUAGAGAAGAUGAGUUGCGACAAGCCAAGGAAGAAAAGGCCAAAGCAGAGAUUGCAUGGAAUGGAGAAAAGAGCAACAUGUCAGCUGAGCUUGAACGUUUGCAGUACAAGAUCAAAGAAAUGGAAGAUGAGGCGUUGCAGCUGAGAGAGACUAUCAAGGUCAAAGAAGAUUGGGCCAAGGAGUUAUCAGACGAGCAUGAAAAGGAGGCACAACACAAAGAAAAGAUGGCUCAAGUGGAGAAUGAGAACAAGCGUUUAUUGGAAGAAGAACAACAAAAGCUGUCAGUAGCUGAGAACCAAUUCAAGCUUGCACAAGAAUCAUGGUCAAAGGAGAAAGAGCAUUUGGAAGCAUCCUCUAAAAAGCUCCAAGAAGAACUUGAGCUAGUACGCAACGAGUACAAUCACCUUUUGGACAAAUUAAGCACCACCGAUGCUGUACAACAAUCCACAGAGCAAGAGCUGCAAGCUGUUUUAACGUCGUUGCGUCUCAAGAACGAAGGUGUCGAGCGUCAGCUGAACAACAUGACCAUCCAGUAUCAGCAGGCUCUUGGUGAUUUACAAUAUACCCAGAUACAACUUGCGAACGCCAGAAGCCAGCUUGAGAGUUUACGUGGCGACAAUGAAAACGCCAAGACACAACACAAUGAAGAGCUACACAAGGUGCAAAAUGAACUUGGCGUUUAUCAAGAACAAUAUGCACAGCAGCGUACUCGGAUAUCCAAAUUCCAGCAACUUAUCAUGACUCUCAAGAAGGAUAUCGCUGCAAAGGAGAAAUCUGCCACUGAUGCCAAACAAUUAGCGACUGAAAAGGAAGAAGCUGAAAAGAAGAUCAAAGAGGCUGAAGCCAAGAUUGCUCAGAUGGAGAAGGAAGCGGAUACGGAUAAGAGCAAGCUCAAGAGCGAAUUGGAUCAAAAGAUUGCGCAAGUGGAAGAGGAAAAGAAGCAGCUCAAGGCGGAUUUGGAUAUGAAGAUUGCCCAAUUGGAAGAGGAAAAGAAAAAGCUUGAAGAGGAGGUUACAAAGAAGGCAUCAGAAACAGGGGAGGAACAAGCCAAGCUCACAGCUGAAAACCAAAAGAUCAAGCAGACUGCACUUCGAUUCCAAACUAUUAUUGGCAAUCUCAAGAAGCAGUUGGCUGCAAAGGAGCAAGAGCUGGAAGCUGUCAAGAGCGAAGCUGCCAAGGCCAAGGAGGAAUCAUCUAAUAAUGGUGCCAAUGCAGCUGUGUCAAAGGAUGAGCCUACCAAACCAGAGGAAGUUACCAGUGAACAACCUAAGGCAGAGGAAUCAAAAGCUGAGGAAACACCUAAGUCUGAGGAAGCACCUAAGCCUGAGGAAGCACCUAAGCCUGAGGAGACCAAAGCUGAGGAGUCUAAGGCUGAUGAAGAAAGCAAACCUGAUGAUCCCAUGGAGACGGAGCCGAAACCAGAGCCAUCUAAUGCGACAGCAACUGAAUCGGAUCCCGUUGGAGCAACUCAAAGUGAUGGAACAGAAGCUUUGAAAGACCAAACGGCUGAAAUACAAAAGCUGAUGGAUGAGAAAAAGGCCAUGGAAGAUGCGUUGGCAAAGGUUACGCGAGAAAAGAGCGAGGUCGAAGAGAUGUUGAAAAAGGCGCAAGAAGGAUCAGAGGAUAACAAGAAUUCAGAAGCUGUUGAAGAAUGGAAGAAAAAGUAUAGCACUCUUUUCCAACGAGCUAAGGAGAUUGCCAGUCAAAAGAAUAAGAGUGCUGAGGAGCUCAAGACGGCCCAGCAGCAAAUCGAGCAGCUCAAAAAGGAGAUCGAGGAACUUAAGCAACAAAUCACCAAGCAUAAGGAGGAAGCUGAGAAGGCACAGCAAGAGCUUGAAAAGUGCAAAAAGGAAAUGGAAGAGAAACAAAAGCAACAUGAACUGGAGGAGAGGAGGACCAAGCUCAAGGAGUCAUAUUCUAGCAAGAGAAUUGAAAAGUUAACGCAAGAGAUCCAAGAAUUGAAGAGUGGUGUAAAACGAACCCAUGAUCAGAUUGAGGGUGGUGAACAGCCAUCUUCUGAAGAAUCUCCCAAUAAAAAAUGA